UAGGGACCGCGGCAGGCCAAGGGGGAGGUGCGGGUGGGUAGAAGGGACAGGUCUGGGCAGUGCGCGGGGGUUGAUACCAGUUCGCGCACCCAUUCAAGCGGCAGUACGCACUUGUCCUAGCAGUUCUCGCCGACCGAGCUAGCUGCGUUUUCUGCGUUCCUGCGUCCAGAGCUCAACUGCAAACGUCCUGGCGUCCGUCCUCAUCAUGCCUAGCCUUUGGGAUCGCUUCUCAUCGUCCUCCUCCUCUUCAUCGUCGUCCUUGUCCCGAACUCACACCCCAGAUCAGCCGCCGCGCUCAGCCUGGGGGUCGGCGGCCCGAGAAGAAGGUCUUGGUCGCUGCGCGAGCCUGGAGAGCUCGGACUGCGAGUCCCUGGACAGCAGCAACAGUGGCUUUGGGCCGGAGGAAGACUCGGCAUACCUGGAUGGGGUGUCCCUGCCCGACUUCGAGCUGCUCAGCGACCCUGAGGAUGAGCACUUGUGUGCCAACCUGAUGCAGCUGCUGCAGGAGAGCCUGUCCCAGGCGCGGCUGGGCUCACGGCGCCCAGCGCGCCUGCUGAUGCCCAGCCAGCUGGUGAGCCAGGUGGGCAAGGAACUACUGCGCCUGGCCUACAGCGAGCCGUGUGGCCUGCGGGGGGCGCUGCUGGACGUCUGCGUAGAGCAAGGCAAGAGCUGCCACAGCGUCGGCCAGCUGGCCCUCGACCCCAGCCUGGUGCCCACUUUCCAGCUGACCCUCGUGCUGCGCCUGGACUCACGCCUCUGGCCUAAGAUCCAGGGGCUGUUCAGCUCUGCCAACUCUCCCUUCGUCCCCGGUUUCAGCCAGUCCCUGACGCUGAGCACGGGCUUCCGAGUCAUCAAGAAAAAGCUGUAUAGCUCCGAGCAGCUGCUCAUUGAGGAGUGUUGAACUUGAGCCUCGGGGGGGGGGGGGGGGGGGCUACCCUGCCCCCACGCCAGAGACCACUCAACUUUUGAUUUUGAGGUGGAGGUUGGCAGGCAGGAGCUGAGGGAUUGACGCCUGUCGUUAGCAAACUGACAACAGCCACCUGAGGGGAGGAAGGUGGAGGUGGGGGGAACAUUGUGUUUCCUAGGAAGCUCACUGAGGUGUGCAGGUAGCUCCCGGUUGGGGGCCUAUGCCCCUCAGUACUGUAGCAUGAAACAAAGGCUUAGGGGCCAACUGGGCUUCUGGCUGGAUGUGUAUGUAGCAUGUACCUUAUUAUUUUUAUCGUUACUGACAGUUAAGACAACAGUGGUGUGACAGCCAGGUGAGCAGCUGGGCUGCACUGGCCUUUGCAAGGGGUUGUGUGCUCCUGGUAGCAGCCCUGGUGGGAGGGGGGAGGUCAAGGCGGUUUUGUGUAUCUCAUGGUCUGAAGGGGCCAAAUGUGUUCUUUGUUUUUGUACCUUUGGUUUUUGUUUUUGUUUUUGUUUUGAUCAGAGCUUCACUACUGACCUGUUCUAGGCAGCUAUCUUACAGACGCAUGAAUGUAAGAGUAGGAAGGGGUGGGUGUUGGGAUCACUUGGGGAUCUUUGACACUUGAAGAAAAAAUACACCUGGGAGCUGCAUUUGCCCCUCCCUCCCCUCCCCCAAUGUGUACUGGGGAGUUGAGCUGUGAGGGGAUGGGGCUGAUUGGGGUGGGGUGGGGGCUGGAACCCCUCCCCCAGAAGAGUGCCAUCUGGGUCUUCCAUCUAGAACUGUUUACAUGAAGAUACUCGCUGUUCAUGAAUACACUUGAUGUUCAAGUAUUAAGACCUAUGCAAUAUUUUUUACUUUUCUAAUAAAAAAAAGGUUUGUUAAAA